AUGUCCUUGAGACAGCCUCAGCAAGUAGUACAAUUAGCAGUGACAUUUACUUCAGGCUACAUUGCUGGGAUAUUCUGUACACUAGUUAGUCAUCCUUUUGACACUGUUGUCUCUAAACUCAAUUCUGAUAUUGGUAGCUCUCCUUGGCAGACCUUCAAGAAUCUCGGCUUCAGUGGAAUGUGGAAGGAGAAACUCACACCAGACCAAAUAUCCGCUGUGAUCUAUGAUUCAACUGCAACUGCAAAUCUGCUUCAGAAUGACCUACUAUUACCAAAAAAUACUAGCAACUGGUUAGAUGAGGUAAAUUUAACAAAGAAGACUCCUCUUAAGGUACAUCAAAUAUAUGAGUCAUUUACAUAUGAACAGUUUGACCCAAAGGAAGUGUCACCAUCAAUGUCAGUACAACAUCCUGUAGACACUCACCCUCCACCUCCUCUACCACCUAGACGAGGCAUAAUUCUACCACCUCUAUCACCUCCAUCACCUCUGAUAAGUCCAGUACAAGUUUCUACUCAAAACAACUGUGCUUAUGGUAUAGCAAAAUGGCAAGAAAGCCCAGUACAUGCAGCUACUGAAGGAAAGCAACCGGUUAGCAAAAUGGGGCAGUAUUUUGAUAUGAAUAGGAGGUUAUUAGCAGAUUAUGAUGCUUUAAAGAUAGGAGAGUUUCUUGGUCUAAUGGGAUUAAAGCAGUAUGCUGCUACAUUUUCACAUGAAUCAGUUGACGGAAAAUUAUUCUUUGAAUUGGAUGAUGUAAUGCUUGAAGAGGAUCUCGGUGUUACUAGCAGACUACAUCGAUUAAGAAUGAUGAGAAUUAUCAAAGGAGAACAACAUGUGAAUGAUUUUCUAACUGCCUAUAGACUGCAU